AUGCCCGGCCGCCUAUCCAACAAAGUCGCCGUUAUUACCGGCUCCUCAUCCGGCAUAGGCCGCGCAACAGCCCUCGCCUUCGCCAACGAAGGCGCAAUUCUCGUAUGCUCCGACCUGAAAGAAGAAGCUCGCUCAGAAUACCGCACCGACACCUCCGACUUGACCACCGUGCAAGAAGCUGAGAAGCUCGGCGCAAAAGCCAUCUACGUGAAUUGCGACACAACAUCCUCCUCAGAUGUCGAGGGGCUGAUCAAGAAAGCCGUUGAAGCGUUUGGCCGCGUCGAUAUCAUGGUCAACAACGCUGGUAUAACGGUCGAAGCCGGGGAGCAUGGGUCGCGGCCUGUGUGGGAGUACGAUGAAGCGGCAUUAGACAAGACGCUCGCAGUCAACGUCAAGGGUGUCUUUCUAGGAAUCAAAUUCGCAAGUCGACAGAUGAAAGAUCAGGAGCCGGGCCCAAAUGGCGAUCGAGGCUGGAUUAUCAAUCUAGCAUCUGUCUACGGGCUAGGAGGUGGACCUGGUAUCUCCGCAUACGCAGCCUCCAAACACGCAGUUAUGGGCUUGACAAAAGUGGCUGCUUGGGACUGCGCGCCCCACCGCAUCCACGUCAACGCCCUCUGCCCAGGCUACACGCAAACUUCCUUCAUCCAUGCUCUACUCACGCCAGAGGCAGACGCGUACAAGAAGCAAGUUGAAGCCCAGCAUCCGUUCAAGGGAUUGGGUAGUCCGCAGGAUAUUGCGCGUGCCGCUGUGUUUUUGGCUAGUGAGGAUGCGAGUUGGGUCACGGGGAUUGGGUUGCCGGUUGAUGGGGGGUAUACGAGUAUUUGA